AUGCCCAACUUUUGGCGGCAGUACAGCAUCCAGCUGUACGGGUUUCUGGCCAAGACAUUCCUACAGCGAUGGCGCAUGCCCAUCUCCACCACGGUGGAGGUCCUUCUCCCUUGCCUCUUCACCAUUCUGAUAUCCAUCGCCUACUGGGUGUCGGGCCAUUCGACUGUACCGGCGCAGAUGUACGACGGCGGCGCCAAUGUGCCGCUGAACAUGACGGACUUUGUGUCGUAUUUCAUGUGCAAGAAGGUGGACUCAAAACUGGCGGUGCCAUGGCGCCCGUGCCCGCCUGGGAUGAACUCAUCGUUUCUCACGUGCCUGUCGCUCAUCGGCAACGGCAAUGAGAUUUGCAUCCAGAAUGCCCUCUACUCGGCGCUGUACCACAUUCUGUACGGCAUGUUCUAUGGCAAAGGCUCAUACGGUAUGAACACAAUGGACGGCCACCUCACGCUGUCGGCCAUGGUGACCGAGGCGACGCACGAAGAAAACCCAACAUUCUUCGGCCGUGGUGGUAGGGACAGCCUGUCGCACUAUGGCAAGCUGCUGGUGUCAAGCGACUCGGAUACGCUGGGGCAACGCUUCAUGACGUUCUGCCGCACCAAGAGCGCGAUGUGCGGCGAGGUACUUUACCCCAAUUCCUUCCCUUCAUUGACCAGUGCCAAGGACUACGCAGCAGAGCACGAGAACACUGUCUGGGCCAUCGUUGACCUUCCGAAGGCCUCCCUCACAGCCAACGGUGAGACAGAAUUCACCAUUAGCAUGAAUUUUACGGCUACUGCGCCAACGUCGAAGGGGUCAUCGAAGAGCCUCUUCACCCGCGGCCUCGGCGCCAACGACGGCAGCGACGGCUACGUGCUCUACUGGGCUAGCGGCUUCUUGACGCUGCAGACAUUUGUGCAGGAGUUCUACAUGUCGGAGGCUCUGGCUAACCACACCGUUACUGGCCCCGCUUCCUACGACUCGGACCCCGCGACCGGCGUGGACGGCAUCAGCAAGUACCUCUCGCAGUACGGCUCUACCUUAAUCCCGAUGCCGACGCCGUCGCGCUACGACAACUCGUUCCUGACGAGGUGGGCUUACUACAUGCCGCUGCUCGCCGUGAUGGCUAUCCUGUACCCGACUUCACGCCUCGUGAUGCUGAUCGUCAGUGAAAAGUACAACGGCAUUCGCGAGGCGAUGCUGAUCAUGGGCCUGCAUCCGUCCUGCAUGUUUUUUGGGUGGUACUCCUCCGCACUCAUCAUGGACUUCGUUUCUUCGCUGCUCGCCGCCAUGUUUCUCAAGAUCGGCUUCCUCGACAAGGUGGACUACAGCCUCCUCUUGCUGCUCUACUUCUCUUUCAUGCAGCAGAACACGGCCCUCUGCUUCUUUGUCAGCUCCAUCUUCCACAACCCGCGCGUGGCGAGCUGGUGCAUCGCGUUUGUGCUGUUCUUGUUUGCGAUCCCAUCCUUCUCCUUUCCGGAUGGCAUGACCGACAUCCAGAAGAUCUUCUGCUGCCUGCUCCCCUGUGUCGGCUACAUCCAGGCGUUCAACAUGAUGCUGAACUACGUUUCCUUCGGCUGGCACUUUGGGUGGCCGCAGGCGCACAUUGGCUACUUCAACUUUUCCAUCGCGGUUGGCAUGAUGUGGGCCUCGUUCGGCGCGCUGAUGCUCCUCAGCUUUUACUUGGACCGCGUCUCCUUUGGCGCAGUCGGCCGCCGUGCCCACCCCCUCUUUUUCCUAAUGCCGCUGGUGAAUCGCUUCCGCAAGCGCAGGAUACAGCUGGUCAAAAUGUCGGACAUGGGCAGGCCGAUUCGCCCUGGCUCUCUGGUCGAGUGGGCCAGCAGCGAGGAAGUCGAGCCGGGCAACACGUCAUUUGCGGAAGGCCCGGUGAAGAAGGAUGGCAAGGCAUCGCCGUCAGAUUCCAGCCGACUCAUAGAGCACCACCAUGAUGUUGUUAACCCAAUGGACCCCGGUGUCGCUGCCGUCUUCUACCGCCUGCGCAAGAUCUACAUUGGUGGUGGCAUCCUCGGCUUCUUCUACACGUACUUCACCGGACUCUUCCGCGAGGGCGACCGCAUCGUCGCGCUGGACGGCGUCACCUUUGCAAUGCGCACCGGCGAGGUGAGCGUGCUGCUCGGCCCCAACGGUGCCGGCAAGUCCACGAUCAUGGGCAUGGCGACUGGCAUGGUGAACCCGACGAGCGGCGAUGUCUUCGUGCGCGGCUACGACGCCCGGACGCACCUUGACGAGUGCCGGCAGAGCAUCGGGUACUGUCCUCAGCGCGAUAUUGUGUGGUCUCUGCUGACGGUGGAGGAACACAUCACCUUCUACGCGCGCAUGAAGGGGUCUAACUCAGUGAACGUGCAAGACAAGGUGGAGUACGUGCUGGACCUCGUCGACCUGCAGGAGAAGCGUCACUGCAAGGCAAGCAAGCUGUCGAGUGGUCAGCGCCGGCGUCUGUGCGUCGCGAUCGCUAUGGUCGGUGACUCUUCCGUGCUGUUUCUCGACGAACCCACGUCCGGUAUGGACAUCAAGGGUCGCAAGAUAGUAUACGAUGCCCUGAACCGCACCCGUGUCCAUCGUAGCGUGCUUAUCUCCACUCACCUUCUCGACGAGGCCGACCGCAUUGCCGACCGCGUCCUCAUCAUAAACAAAGGAUUGCUGUCCGCGGAGGGCUCGACGAUGUACCUCAAGUCACAGAUGGAGGUCGGGUACGUGGUGACGUGCUUGCUGGACAGCAACAUGAGCAUCAUGGAGGAGAACGGCGCUGCCGAGGCGCUGGUGGAUUUCGUGCGCGCCGAGAGCUACGCGGCGCAGAGAGUCGACGGCGGCAGCAACGAGGGAUGUGUGGUGCUGGGGGUGCAGCGGCGCGGCCGCGAGGUGUCCUUCCGCUUCCCGAUGACCCUUCUCGACUCAGCUGGCGUGUCGCUUCUUUCAGUGAUUCAACGCAACAGCGAGCGGUUGCACUUGCGCAACGUCGCGCUCAACCUGGCGACUCUCGAGGACGUCUUCUUCGCCGUCACGUGCACCACACCGCUCAUGACAAGCGUGACAGACGGCGAGCUGGUCGGCGGGCGAGAGGGUGAAAGCGAUUCGAUCGACACGCCUGAGAUGCCGUUGACGAUCACCGACCUUUAUGAAGAGAAGAGGGCUUACUUCUUCGUCUUCUGCCGGCACUUCCGCGCGCUCUUCCUGAAGCGACUGCACUAUGCCCAGCGCGACGUCAAGCUACUCAUCUACCAGGUGGUGCUGCCGAUCAUCUUUCUGCUCUUGUCGCUGUUCAUUACCCUUGUCCGCGAACCGACCCAGCCCGCCCUUCGGCUCGACAUGACCAUGUACGAGCACUACGCCUCUAACCCAUCUCAGGUGAUGACGGCAUACUCGAACUUUUCCGGCUACGUGCAGAACUUGACCCGCUUCCCCAUGAGUGUCACGAACGCCUUCCACCUCGGUCCAAAUCUGUCCAACAGUGUCUGGGGCUCGUACUACCUCACCGACUUCCGCGAGAUGCCGUCUGGCCUGCCCAACGUGUCCUACUCCAUGAGCCAGCUGUUACUGAGCGAAGUCAUGACGCACAAGUUGCCGCGCUGCGUUGCUGUGGCGCCGGUGGGGGCGGUGUACCAGCAGGGUGUGCCCAAGGAAACUCCGACGUUGCUGCACAACACAUCGUACAGCCACUCCUCCCCACAGGCCGUGGACGCGCUCUACCACCUCGCCACGUAUCAGCUCUUCGGCUCCUCCGUGCCGAUGCCGACUGUCGUCAACUCGCCCAUGCCACUCGGCGAAUUUGAGAAGUCGCUGGUGUCAGCAAACAAGCAGGUCAUGAUCGGGAUCUUCAUCAUCCUGCCCUUCAUCUUCAUUCCGUCCAACACGAUCUCCUUCAUUGUCGAGGAGAAGGAGUCUGGCGCCCGUCACAUGCAGUGGAUUUCCGGUGCCAGUGUCCUGGCGUACUGGUUGAGUAGCUUUGUGUUCGACUUUGCGUGCUACAUCGUUACGCAGAUUUUGGCCUUCGUCAUCUUCCUCAUCUUUAGACGCACCGAAUACAUUGGCAAGGACACCAUUGACGCCGCCCUUGUGCUCUUCCUCUUUUUCGGCCUGACGUCGAUCCCGGUCAGCUACUUCCUGAGCUUCUUCUUCCGCUCCAGCUUCACGGCGCAGUCUGUCGUCUUCUGCAUCAACUUUACCUUUGGCUUCCUGUGGGUGACGCUCGAGUCGAUGAUCGCCGAGCACGCACUGCGGUUCGCGGAGGUGGUGACCUACGUUCUUCGCAUCUUCCCAGCUGUGUGCUUCGGCGAGGCCAUGUACGUACUUUCCGGCGUGCAGCUGGCCAACUUGAUGUUCCCGAACCGCGCCAAAACAAGCUUGUUUGCGCUGCUGCACUUCAGCGAGACGGGCCACCCCGUUGGCGGUAUCGGCACAGGCCUCAUUUAUAUGUCUUGCGUUGCUGUGGUCUGCACUGUGGGGCUCGUGGUUCUUGAGUACCUGCGGGUGCAGCGACUCGACGCGGUCUUCACGCAGUGCUGCACAAAGCCGAACGCCGAGGACGAGGAGGAGCACCACCGCCUCGAGGAGGCGCACCCGUCCGUGAGGCAGGAGGAGGAGUACGUGUGCUCAGUGGAGACAGGACCAGAGCCCGCCUGCGUUGCGGUGCAGCACCUCAACAAGCGGUACAUAGGAGCCAGUCACGCGGCUGUCCACAACAUCUCGCUCGGUGUGAAGAGGGGUGAGGUGAUGGGUCUGCUGGGGCUUAACGGCGCCGGGAAGACGACGGUGGUGAGCAUCCUUGCAGGUGAGGAGGUUGCGACAGCCGGCGAAGUGUUUGUGAACCACCACCCCGUACAGUCAAUAGAGAGCCGCUCCUUUGUUGGCUACUGCCCGCAGUACGAAGCGCUGCUGAGCAAUCUCAGCGCUGAAGAGCACCUCUGGUUGUAUGCCCGCCUGCGCUCGAUCAAAGAAAAGCACAUCAAGGCAGAGGUGCACAUGCUGCUCAAAGAGCUAGGGCUGUACCCGUUCCGCAACCAGUCUGCCGCGUCUCUAAGCGGUGGCAACAAGCGCCGCUUGUCCCUUGCCAUCGCGUUGGUCGGACACACAAAAAGUGUGCUUCUGGACGAGCCAACGUCAGGCAUGGAUGCCGUGGCCCGUGCACAGACGUGCGAUAUACUGCGCCGCCUCGCGGCUGACAAAUCCGUGGUGCUGACCACGCACCGCCUGGACGAGGUCGAGGCACUGGCCGACCGCGCCGCCUUCGUCGUGCGGGGCAAUCUGCGCUGCAUCGGUACACCACAGGAGCUGAAGAACGCGUACAACACGACUGCCGCCUACACGCUCAAUGUGCUCUUCCCCAUUACGGUGCACUUGCAGGGCAUACACGAAAACCUGGUAGAAAAGGUGCGCAGCUACGUGCUCGACACCAUCACUGCCGCGUUGGGGGAGAAUGUGCGGCAGACGCUUCGGUGCGAGGUGGUGGAGGUGCACCCGUGCUCGAUGCAGUUGACCGUGAACGCCGACCUUCCUCCCAUCUGCAUCGCUGUUUCGAACCUUCAGGGGGGCAGGGCGGAGGGCAUACCUGCAACGGCGUAUGUCAGCGUGAGCCAGCCGACGCUGGAGGACAUUCUUCUUCUCCAGUAG